UCACGGUUCCUUUGCGGUGUCAGAGCUCCUAUUGCUCUGGGAAGCUCUCUGGUCGCAGCUCUAGUGCUUCACUGUGCCUUGUUUUUCCUGAACUGCAGUUCUGAGGCCCCUGCCAAAGACCCAAAUAAGUGAUGCUGGAGGCUUCCCUGCUGCCGCUGGCUGCCCUCUUGCUUGGCCUGGCGCUGCUCGUGCCCCUGCUCUUCCCGAGGCUUUGGAACUUGCUGUACAUGUACUGGCACGAGCAGGUCCUGCAGCGCAUCUCCAACCUGCUCAUGGGCAGCAGCAAGGAGCAGCGGAUCCUGCGUCACGUGCUGCAGCACGCGGUGGCCGGGGACGCCCAGAGCGUGAUCGAGGCCAUCGACUUCUACUGCUACCAGAAGGAGUGGUCCAUGAAUGUGGGCGACAAGAAAGGCGAGAUCGUGGACGAGGUGUUGCGGGAGCAGCGUCCCUCCGUGUUGCUGGAGCUGGGAGCCUACUGCGGCUACUCGGCUGUGCGGAUGGCCCGCCUGCUGCCCCCCGGCGCCCGGCUGCUCACCAUCGAAUUCAACCCUGACUACGCUGCCAUCACCCAGCAGAUGGUGGAAUUCGCCGGUGUACAGGACAGGGUCACUGUGAUUCUGGGGGCAUCCCAGGACAUCAUCCCGCAGCUGAAGAAGAAGCAUGGUGUGGACACGCUGGACAUGGUCUUCAUUGACCACUGGAAGGAUCGGUACCUGCCAGACCUGCUGCUCCUGGAGGAGUGUGGUUUGUUACGGAAGGGGACGGUGGUGCUGGCUGACAAUGUCAUCUUCCCAGGAUCCCCGGACUUCCUGGCCUACGUGCGUGGGAACAGCCGCUUUGAGUGCACUCACUUUACCUCGUUCCUGGAGUACUCGCAGGUGGUGGACGGCCUGGAGAAGGUCGUCUAUAAGGGCCCGGACAGCCCAGUGCGGUCCUGACCGCCCACUCCCUGGGGCUGUCCCACCCACCCCCCCGGCUUGAAGGGGGGGGUGCUCUCUGGCUCUGGAGGAUACCGUGGGCCGCCCCCUAACCUUGGUACGGCACGCUUGAGGUCCAUGGUCCCCAACUGCCUGCACUCAGCCUCUGCAUACACUGCCCAGCCCAAAUGCACCCGCUCCCAUGCAGCACCAGCGGGCAGGACCUGCGGUCAGCACUGCAUCAGGCAGGCGGUGCCACCCGUGGGUCCCGCAGAGCCCGGGGCUCAGGUCCCUACAGACACAGCAGAUGUGGGGUGCAUGGCUGGGAACUGGGGUGUACAGCUCAUCCUGAGGGGUUUCCUGAGUGUGGGACCAGCUCCCCACAUACUGCUGACUUUUCUCACCUUUUUAAAUAAGGGAAUGCAGUUUCUUUACUAAUAUCCUGGAUGCAAAAUAAUAAAAAUGGAAGUUAAAGACAAACAUUUAGAUAUGACAU